ACAAUCCAAGUGCGCUCGUGUUCGUGAAUUUUCGGUUGAACAAACACAUGAGCAAAACGCAAGAGAAAAGCGAGCAAAAAUUAUAAAAAUAAUAAAAACAACAACUACAAACACACACAUACACACACAGGCACACGCACACUAAGACACAGCAUCGAGUACAUAGGCGAAGAGCCAGAGACGCAGCCACAGCAGGAAAAGUGAAAAUAUACGAAGAAAAGUUGCACAGAGCGGCAAACAUAUUUCAUAAGUUUACACACACUUGCACAGCCACAGAGACGGACACAAACACACACACACACCCACACACAUAUAGAGCCAUAUAAAACAUUGCCCGAAGUCAGUUAGAGCGAGUCCAAGUUGCUUGCGAGAGACGGAAACGGAUACGAGGGACACAAAGGCUAACGCACGACCUUUGGCACAGAGUUCAGCAGCUGCAGCAGAGGGCACGGACACGGACACGGACACGGGGACCGGGCACGGAGACAGGGCACAGGACACUGAGGCGAGGUCAACAAAUCAAUAGAAACAAAGCGCAGAGCGAGCGAGCAAUUGGCCACAAAAACAAUAUCAACAGCAGCCAGAGCUAAAAAGAGUAGCAAAAUUCAUUCACAAAUUAUGCUGGCCAUGUCGACUCUAAUGAUGCCCGCCCCAACUAUAGCCAUGGGGGCCCCGCAGAUCACGAUGGGCCCCCACAAGCCACCGGAAACGAAGCUGCUGGCCAUACAUCCAGCUGCAGCAGCCGCCGCUGCCGCUCAGCAACAGCAGCAGUCCGUGACGGCCGCCCAUCUGCAGCACAAUGGACAGCAGCAACAUGUCCAGCAGCAGCAGCAACAGCAGCAGCUGCAACAGCAAUCGUCAAAUCCACAGCAGCAACAUCAACAGCAGAUCCUGGGCAGCAACUCCAAGCCAGAACAGUUUCACAUCUUUGUGGGCGACUUGAGUGCUGAGAUCGAGACGCAGCAGCUGAAGGAUGCAUUCACACCAUUUGGAGAAAUAUCAGACUGCCGAGUUGUGCGCGAUCCGCAGACACUAAAAUCAAAGGGCUAUGGAUUCGUCAGCUUUGUCAAAAAAUCGGAAGCGGAAACCGCCAUCAAUGCCAUGAACGGCCAGUGGCUAGGCUCGCGUUCCAUACGCACAAAUUGGGCAACACGAAAACCGCCGGCCACCAAGGCAGACAUCAACGUGAAGCCUUUGACCUUUGACGAGGUAUACAACCAGAGCAGCCCCACCAACUGCACCGUGUAUUGUGGCGGCAUCAACGGCGCCCUCUCUGGCUUCCUAAACGAGGAGAUAUUGCAGAAGACAUUCUCGCCGUACGGCACCAUCCAGGAGAUACGCGUGUUCAAGGACAAAGGCUACGCAUUUGUGCGAUUCUCGACAAAAGAAGCCGCCACACACGCCAUCGUGGCCGUCAAUAAUACGGAGAUCAACCAGCAGCCGGUGAAGUGCGCGUGGGGCAAGGAGAGCGGCGAUCCGAAUCACAUGUCCGCAAUCGCCGGCCAGGCGCUGGCGCAAGGCUUUCCGUUCGGCUCGGCGGCCGCCGCAGCCGCAGCAGCUGCCGCCUAUGGGCAGCAAGUGGCCGGCUAUUGGUAUCCACCGGCACCCACAUAUCCCACUGCAGCACCGGCCAGCGCCCUGCAGCCGGGCCAGUUCCUGCAGGGCAUGCAGGGCUUCACCUACGGUCAAUUCGCGGGCUAUCAGCAGGCCAGCUACAUGGGCAUGGGCGUUCAGCUGCCGGGCACUUGGCAGAGUGUGCCGCCGCAGGCGCAGCUGACCAGCGCAGCGGCCGCUGCAGCGCCACAGAUCACGCAGAGCGUGGGCGGGGCUCUGCCCCAGGCGGCUGGUGUUGUUGCCUAUCCCAUGCAACAGUUUCAGGUCAGUCCGCAGCUGGCAGAGGACGAGUGGCUGGCACCCAGUUUGCUAGUGUAGCUGCCAUGAGCGGUGGCCAUGUAUCCCACACAGCAGCAGCAGCAGCACAGCAGCAGCAGCAACAACAGGAGCAGCCACCGUGCGGCGAUUAUGUGAAGGAGCCGCGUUUCCAGCUACA